AUUUUAGGACUAUAUUCAGAAUAUAAUGAGAAAUCAUAAGUAAUAAUUAUCAAGACAUUAAUAAUUUAAAAUUACUAUUUAAUUAUUUAAAACCUUAUCAAUCUAUGGUAAUAAAAUGACAAAUAAAGCACUAUAAAAAUAACAGUACACUCCGGACUGUCAGUCGAGUCGUACGGUUUGUGUAUAUUUUGCCGCGAAAAUGUUCCGGCUGAUUUUUAUUUUUAAUGUAGUUUGUAUAUUUUUGGUGGACAGUUUUAUUAUCGUUAAUCCCGGUCCAAGAUACCCACCGACGAAAGGGGAAGUGUGGCCAAAGCCGCAACAGCAGAUAAAAGAACAGACUUAUUUUAAACUAUCGCCUUCAGUAUUUAAAUUUACGGAGACAGGAAAAUCGUGUGAAAUAUUAAAAAAUGCUAUAGAGCGAUACACCGCAGUGCUUAGGAGCACACACCACAUAGUGUGGAGACAUUCCAAGAAAACAUGGAAGAAUGCAGAACCUCGGCAAGUGGAUACAAAUCCCGACUUCCUAGGUACGCUAGAAGAACUGCAGAUAAACCUCAGCAGACCAUGCGAGGCCUACCCGCACAUGGAUAUGGAUGAGAAAUAUAGUCUCAACGUUUCUGCAGUAUCGUCGCUGACCAGUGACUCCAUAUGGGGCAUACUGAGGGGCAUGGAAACCUUCGCACAACUGUUCUAUUUGUCUAACGGGUAUAAAGAUGUUCUUAUCAACUCGACACAAAUCGUGGACUUCCCGAGAUACACGUAUCGAGGGCUGCUGAUCGAUACAUCGAGGCAUUACCUCAGUGUCGCCAACAUACUCAAGACCUUGGACGCUAUGGAAAUGAACAAGAUGAAUGUUCUGCACUGGCACAUUGUAGACGAUCAGAGCUUUCCUUAUCAGAGCGAGAGAUUCCCGCAGCUAAGUGAACAAGGUGCAUACGAUCCCUCGAUGAUCUACACGAAGGCCAACAUCAACAAGAUCAUAAAAUACGCACAAGACAGGGGGAUCCGGGUACUGCCUGAAUUCGACGUACCAGGACACACGAGGUCAUGGGGCGUCGCAUACCCUGGAAUUCUCACAGAAUGCUACAAGUCCGGUAAAGUAGUAGGCUUGGGGCCCAUGGACCCAACCAAGAACAUCACGUACAAACUAAUAGGCGAGCUGUUCCAUGAAGUGCAGGAGCUAUUCCCCGACAAAUACUUCCAUCUUGGAGGUGAUGAAGUCGCUUUGAACUGCUGGAGAUCAAACCCACAAAUAUGCAAGUUCAUGGACGCCCAUAACAUGACUCGCACCAGUGAACUGCACGCGUACUUCAUGACUAAGGUCCUUCCUUUGUUGGACCAGAAAUCUAAGCCCAUAGUCUGGCAGGAGGUCUUUUUUAACAAUGUGACGUUACCCAGUGAUGCCAUCGUACAAGUGUGGAAAACUAUUGGCCCGAAGGAUAUGAUUUCAGUAUUGCAAGCCAAUCACAAAGUUAUCUAUUCAGCAUCGUGGUACUUGGACUAUUUGGCUAAUGGAGGAGACUGGGAAGGGUUCUACGCAGUGGACCCACGGCAGUUGAUCCCAAAACAUUAUAAGGAACUGGACUUGAACAAGAUACUGGGUGGAGAAGCCUGCAUGUGGGGCGAAGCAGUUGACGACAGAAACUUGAUAAGCAGGGUAUGGCCCCGUGCUAGCGCAGUAGCUGAGAAACUGUGGAGCGCGGAAGCACCACGAUACAACAAGAGCAGUCCAAAGGCAGUGUCGUCAGUGCAGCGCCGUCUAGAGGAACACGCCUGCCGCAUGAACCGACGCGGCAUACACGCACAGCCACCCAAUGGGCCAGGAUUCUGUGUUGGAGCAAUGUAAUUAGUUUACACUAUAUAAAAAUACAUAUAAGAUGCCUAUAUUUUUGGUAUUAAUUUCCUAGGUACCUACAAUAAAGUACCCUCAAAAAAAACCUACUAUAAAGUAUUCUGUUUUUAUCUAUGUAUUAUGUAUCUAUAUUAACAAUACUUAGAUACCUUCUAGGUUCUUAUAAGCCGAUAAAUGUAUAGCAGUUUGUUUUAUUAAAUCGAUCUUUAAAUUUUA